AUGGCCAUCGAGAACCUCCAGCCGUUGGCGUAUGCCGUUGCCACAAUUGCUUUUGCCUUGGGCACCUGCUCGAUCUUUCUCCGGUUGUACUGUCGAUGGCGGCUCCAAACGUUCGGCUGGGAUGAUGGCAUGGCUGUCCUUCUAUUUUUCGUCAAUGGAGUGCAGCAUGCCAUUGUGUACAUUUUCUUGUACAAUGGAUCUGGAAGACACCUCGCUGAAUUACCAGACGGACAACUGCAAAAAGUGACCAAGUGGCUAUUCGUAGAGGAGAUCUACUGGAUGUUCCUUCAUUGGACCAUCAAGCAAGCGUUUCUCCUGUUCUAUCUCCGACUGUCGCCUCAGAGAGGCUUUCAGAUCGCCGUCUAUGUCACGAUGGGCAUCAACGCCUCCUUUACCAUCGUCAACUGGAUGCUGGGGUUCAUGCAAUGCAGACCGAUGGACGCCAUGAUCCAUCCAGAAUUGUAUCCCAACGCUCAGUGUCUCAGCCAGUAUGUCGUCAUGAUGGUUCCAACUGCACUGAAUGCCUUUUCAGAUAUCGUUAUCCUUAUUCUUCCAAUCCCGACAGUACUGAAGCUUCGAAUGAACCCUAAACGAAAGCUUGCUGUUCUCGGAGUCAUUGGUUUCGGUUCCCUGUCUGUUGUCACGGCGAUGUGCCGCUUCGCUCUUCAGGUCCAGAUGGUUGAAAAUCCGGACACAACGUACGUCUUGGGCCGUAUGCUUAUAGCCGCAUCUAUCGAGAUUGAGGUUGCCGUCAUCGCAGUCAAUCUUCCGGCAUUGAAGACUCUCUUCACCAAAUUCGUCGGUGGCUCGACUGUCGACAAUUCCGUGAGUGGUGGCCACAAAAUGUCCGACUGCAAGAUCAGUUCCAACAAGAACUCCAAGGGCGGCACUACUCUAUGCGCUUCGCAGAAUGAUUCGAAGGCGCGCAAGGAUCUCGGUGCUACUUUGACCGGGUCCGAAGAAGACCUUCUCCGGAUGGGAGGUGGAGGAGAAAUCACGGUGACAACCAACAUCGACGUUUGCGCGACACAUGUCGGUGACCAGGUGAACGAGUAUCCAGACAUCGGUUUCCCAAAGUCGCAGAACUCGAGGAGUGACAUUCAGUCAUCGCCUUCAUGA